AUGGACGAGGGCUUCUCUCAAUUAUCAGGUAUUCGGUAACAUAACACCGUUAGACUAUACGAUCUUUAUAGGAUGCACAGACAACGUAUGUGACGGAGAUGCCUCAAUAGAGUGUAUACACAACCCAACUGAUGCAGUAACGUUUUGUUGUAAGUGGCUUGUCAUAUGAAAAACAAAGCAAAGUUAUGUUUCAGGUCUUCCUGAUGAUGAAGAAAACGGUUCAGAAGGUAAUGUUUACUAAGGUUAUCGGGUGUUACUAUUAUAUAUUCAUAAAAGUUGCAACGUUUUUAAGCCCGCUAGCACAAAUGUGAACAACGUUUUUAGAAACAACAACAAUGCUGGCAACAACUAUUACAAUAAGUGAGCCUCCAUUAAAGUGCGCAGAUGACACUGAACCCCCCUUACGUAUGUUUAACCAUUUGUAUUAUAGAUAUCUCUUUUUCUAAUUGCAAAAGGGCCUAAAAGUUUGUUUAAAUAGUGCCACUUUACGUUGUUUAGCUUGUGAAAACAACGUAUGUCCACUGGGAGAUGACUACAUAUGUGAACUAGUGCAAGGUGAACUAUUUUGUUGUCCCUACCACGUGCCAGACUUCAACUUCAUCACCACGCAAGGACCUACCACCACAGAAGACACAACAACAACUACAGAAGUAGUUGCAACAACAAAAUACAAAUUAGAAACCGAUCCACCCCCAACUGAAGUUUGUUCAGAUGGCACCACAUCACCCCAAGGUAAGUGUGCCAAACAUACUUCAGGUUAUUGCUCAUGCAAAUAACUUAUAACACUAUUACAAAUGUGAUAAAUUAUGACAGUAUAGCUAACGCACUUCUUCAGCCUGCGAGAACAAUGUCUGUGCUCUGGGUGAUGAGUACAUAUGUGAAGUGAUCGACGAAUCACUAUUCUGUUGUCCUUAUCAUCAGCCAGACUUUAACUUUAUCACCACUCAAGCUCCAACGACAACAGAACCCACAACUCUAACUACCACGAACGCCGCGACAACGACAUAUAGAUUGGAGACAGAUCCUCCACCAACUGAGACGUGUUCAGAUGGCACCACAUCUCCCGCUGGUACGUUAAAAAGCCAAACCAACAAUCUAAAGUUUAAAAAAACAAUUGCAAAACUAAAAGUUCAUUCUUUUAGCAUGUGCAAACAAUGCGUGUCCCUUGGGUGACGACUACAUAUGUGAAGUAAUCAACGAAUCACUAUUCUGUUGUCCUUAUCAUCAGCCAGACUUUAACUUUGUCACAACACCACCUCCAACAACCACCACGACACCUGCACCACCCAUCACUUCAGAACUAGUCGGACAUUGUAUAGAUGGCACGGUGCCAGAAGCAGGUAAACCCAGCCCAUAUAACAGUGAAAUUUUGUUAUAGAGUGUGAAAACAUGGUAUGUCCGUUAGGAGAAGACUUUAUAUGUGAAAUUGUUGACGGGUCGCCACAGUGUUGUCCCUACUUUAAACCCGAGUUUGACACUACCACAAGCAUAGCUAACACUUUCCUGACAUCAACCAUGGCAGAAACAACGGUCCUUACAACUCAAGAACCAACUACGGCAACAACAGCUACACCACCUAUAACAUCAGAACUAGUGGGACAUUGCAUAGAUGGCACAGUGCCAGAAGCAGGUAAAACAACUCAACGUUCACACUAGCACUAUUCAACUCAUAUUAUAAUAGUAACUUAAAUUACUGUAAUUUAAUCUUACAGAAUGCGAUAACAUGGUAUGUCCGCUUGGAGAAGAUUUUAUAUGUGAGAUUGUUGAUGGAUUGCCACAAUGUUGUCCCUACUUCAAACCCGAGUUUGACACAACGACAAGCAUAGCGAGAACUCUCCUGACAUCAACUAUGGCAGAAACAACAGUCAGUUCAAGUGUCACAUGUUCAGAUGGGACUCAAUCUCCUCAAGGUAAGGAAACCAAAAAAAGCGGUAAUGCGCUUCCCUAAAACACUGUUAAUACCGUAAUAAAAAUAACGGAAAAUGUAAAUUACCCCGAGCAAAUUAACUAAUCAAUUUUCAACACACCUUUACAAACAACAACAUAUUAACCUAACAUACUACACUACGUCAAUAUUAACUGCAAAUUGUCAAACAAAGUUUACAGACUGUGAAUACAUGGUAUGUAAACUAGGUGAUGAUUAUAUUUGUGAAAUCGUAGAUGAAAUACCUAGAUGUUGUCCUUAUAUCCCUCCUGAUUUUAAUUUCAUUACCACGACCACCUACGCGUCAACUACAACAUCGGCUCCUCAGAGAUACUGUAUUGACGGAAGCGAACCCAAAGCAGGCAAGACUUUAUAAACGCGACGUAAUGUCAACACUUUGUUCUAGAUUGCGAUAACAUGGUGUGUCCGUUAGGCGAAGAUUAUAUUUGCGAGAUCGUAGAUGCCGUUCCACGCUGUUGUCCGUACUUUAAACCCGAAUUCGAAACAACAACACGUAUGUCAGACAAUACUGUAUUUACUGUUACGAUAUCUCCUUUCUACUGCAGCGACGGAUCAGUAUCAAAUACAGGCAAGAUUAAAUACUUACUUUGCUACAUAAUACCAGCGCCAGCCCAAAAGUAAAAAAAAUUAAAUUUUAGACUGUGAUGGUAUGAUAUGUCCUCUAGGUGAUGAUUAUAUUUGUGAGAUUAUUGAUGAAUAUCCUCGGUGCUGUCCAUACGUUCCGCCUCCAUUUGAAUGGGUAACCACUAUUAUGCCAACUACGACAUUGCCUACAACAACAACAGCAAGAACUGAAGCUCCCACAACUACUUACACCGUUCACGUAUGCUCCGAUGGAACUCCGUCACCAGCCGGUACGUAAUAUAUUUUAAAAACAAGGUAUUUUAGCUUGUGAUGGCAAUACAUGUCUGCUCGGAGAUGCCUUUGUCUGUGAACUCAUUGACUUUGAACCAUAUUGCUGUCCAUACAAACAACCAGAUUUCGAAUUCAUCACUACUACAGAGGCCACAACUACAGCUCCAGCUACUACAGAAGAAACGACUACAGAAACGACAACUUCAACCCCAACGAGGAUAGAAGAAACAACUACAGAAGCCACAACUACGGCUUCAACUACUACAGAAGAAACGACUACAGAAGACACAACUACAGCUCCCACUACUACCGAAGAAACUACUACAGAAGCCACAACUUCAACUCCUACAACUACAGAAGCCACAACAACGGCUUCAACUACUACAGAAGAAACGACAACAGAAGCCAUAACUACAGCUCCCACUACUACCGAAGAAACUACUACAGAAGCCACAACUUCAACUCCUACAACUACAGAAGCCACAACAACGGCUUCAACUACUACAGAAGAAACGACAACAGAAGCCAUAACUACAGCUCCCACUACUACCGAAGAAACAACUACAAAAGCCACAACUACAGCUGCCACUACUAUCGAAGAGAGCACUACAGAAGCCACAACUUCAACCCCUACGACGACAGAAGAAACAACUACAGAAGCCACAACUACAGCUGCCACUACUACCGAAGAAACAACUACAGAAGCCACAACUACGGCCCCUACAACUACAGAAGAAACCACAACAGAAGCCACAACUACGGCUCCUACAACUACAGAAGAAACGACAACAGAAGCCACAACUACGGCUCCUACAACUACAGAAGAAACCACAACAGAAGCCACAACUACUGCCCCUACAACUACAGAAGAAACGACAACAGAAGCCAUAACUACAGCUCUCACUACUACCGAAGAAACAACUACAGAAGCCACAACUACGGCCCCUACAACUACAGAAGAAACCACAACAGAAGCCACAACUACAGCUCCCAUUACUACCGAAGAAACAACUACAGCUCCUACAACUACCGAAGAAACCACUACAGAAGCCACAACUACGGCUUCAACUACUACAGAAGAAACGACAACAGAAGGCACAACUACAGCUCCCACUACUACCGAAGAAACAACUACAGAAGCCACAACUACGGCCCCUACAACUACAGAAGAAACCACAACAGAAGCCACAACUACUGCCCCUACAACUACAGAAGAAACGACAACAGAAGCCACAACUACGGCUCCUACAACUACAGAAGAAACCACAACAGAAGCCACAACAACGGCUUCAACAACUACAGAAGAAACGACAACAGAAGCCACAACUACAGCUCCCACUACUACCGAAGAAACAACUACAGAAGCCACAACUUCAACCCCUACAACGACAGAAGGAACCACUACAGAAGCCACGACCUCAACUCCUACAACUACAGAAGCCAAAACAACGGCUUCAACUACUACCGAAGAAACGACUACAGAAGCCACAACUACAGCUCCUACAACUACCGAAGAAACCACAACAGAAUCCACAACUACAGCUCCCAUUACUACCGAAGAAACAACUACAGCUCCUACAACUACCGAAGAAACCACUACAGAAGCCACAACUACAGCUUCAACUACUACAGAAGAAACGAUUACAGAAGCCACAACUUCAACCCCUACAACGAGAGAAGAAACCACUACAGAAGCCACGACCUCAACUGCUACAACUACAGAAGCCACAACAACGGCUUCAACUACUACAGAAGAAACCACAACAGAAAGCACGACAACAGAAGCUAAAACAACAAAAGAAGUUGCAUCACUAACAUGUGGUGAUGGGACAGCAGCAAGGGGUAAUUUACAUAUUAUGCAUAAUAUCCUAAACUUUUUUAAAGCUUUUACAGUAUAAAUAAUACCUCCACUUUUUCAGAAUGCCUCCAAAACGUUUGUCCCUACAGCUUCGACAUACCCUGUCAAGAAACAGAUGGAAAGUUCUACUGCUGUAAGUUAACAUUCCUAAAAUAAUAUGCGUUUUUCAAGGCUCUUCCACAUCGACCACACCAGUAAUUACCACCGUUGGUAGUAUAUGUCAAGACAAGAUAAGUGAAUGUGACCGAAACAAGCAUCUAUGCACCAACCAAGUAUGUCUCAAAACUGUAUUUUUAAGUAUUAUACGCUAAUCUAACAGCUUCAUUUCAGUUCUACCAAAAGCUUAUGUACCACAUGUGUGCAAAGACGUGUAAUCUGUGUGACAUGAAGGACAUUCCAAGAUUAACCACCAAACUCCAAAGUUGUUCAGACACCACUACAGAGUAAGUUGAACACACUAAACCCUAACAUCAAUAUUAAAUGACUACCACGUAUAAGCAUAAUAUAAACACUGUUAAGAUCACCUACAAUCGCUAUUUUCAGUUGUGCAAAAUGGAAAAGCGAAGGAUACUGUGAGAACGAAAGUAUAUCACUAGAACAGAAGAAACAAGAAUGCAUUGCCAGUUGUCAACUUUGCUAA